AUGGUUGAGCAAGACGAUGAAGUCGCUGAAGACGAAACCAUGGAUGAAUUUCUCAAAUAUUUCAGUGGAGAGACACCAAAGAUACUAAUCACCUCUAGCAAAAAUCCUUCCCCUAACUGUUACGAUUUCUGUGCGGAAUUGGUAUCCAUGUUUCCCAAUGCACAAUUUGCCAAACGUGGAGCCAAGCAUGAGUUGAGACAAGUGAUCAAAAUCGCAAAGGAGAAGGAAUUUACAGAUCUACUGAUCGUGAACGAGGAUCGCAAAGUUCCGAAUGCCAUCACUUUAAUACACUUGCCAGAUGGACCCUCUGCGUAUUUCAAGUUAUCGAGCUUUGUACCGUCCAAGAAGAUUUCUAAUCAUGGCCGUGUUACAGCACAUAAUCCAGAAUUAAUUCUCAACAACUUUAAUACGAGAUUAGGCCACACUGUCGGUCGUAUGUUCCAAGCGUUGGUACCUCAAGUGCCAGAGUUCCAAGGUAGACAAGUCAUCACUUUUCACAAUCAGCGUGAUUUCAUCUUUGUGCGACGACACCGUUAUGUUUUUAAGGAUACAGAGAAAGUGGGGCUGCAAGAGUUGGGACCCAAGUUCACUUUGAAACUGCGUUGGUUGCAGAAAGGUGUUUACCAGCGUGAUGGUGAAUAUGAAUGGAUCUUUAAACCCGAGAUGGAAACAAGUCGUAAAAGAUUCUUUUUGUAA